UACCCUUCGUAUAGAGCGAAUUGCGUCAUCAAACAGCGUCGAGGCUACAGGCGUGCCCGUAGUUAAGAUGGCGGCGGACAUGAGACUAGCGGCUGCACGGAAACGCGCUCCCGGUUCCCUGGUGUCACAGGACGAAAGCAAACACCUGGUGGCACCGGGAGAUGUCAUUACAACCGACACCGGCUUCAUGCGGGGCCAUGGCACCUACACGGAGGAUGAGAAGCUCAUGGCUUCCGUCGCUGGUGAAGUGGAACGAGUGAACAAACUGAUCUGUGUCAGACCGCUGAAGACCAGGUUCAAUGGAGAGGUCGGUGACGUGGUGGUUGGCCGGAUCACUGAGGUUCAACAGAAGCGAUGGAAGGUGGAGACUAAUUCCCGUCUGGACUCGGUCCUUUUGCUUUCAUCCAUCAACCUGCCAGGAGGGGAGCUGAGGAGGAGAUCAUCUGAAGACGAGCUGGCCAUGAGGGAUUACCUGCAGGAGGGGGAUCUCAUCAGUGCUGAGGUGCAGUCUGUGUUUGCAGACGGGGCUCUCUCUCUCCACACACGCAGUCUGAAGUACGGCAAGCUGGGGCAGGGCGUGCUGGUGCAGGUCUCCCCCUCCCUGGUGAAGCGCCGCAAGACUCACUUCCACAACCUGCUGUGCGGCGCCUCCAUCAUCCUGGGGAACAACGGCUACGUGUGGAUCUACCCCACCCCCGCCCAGCAGGACGAGGAGGCCGGGGGCUUCUUCACCAGCACCGAGCCGGUGCCCCUCUGUGACCGGGAGGUUAUCUCGAGGCUUCAGAACUGCAUCCUCGCCCUGUCUGCUCACAAGGUGCUGCUGUAUGACACCAGCGUGCUGUACUGCUUCGAGUCCUCGCUCGCUCACCAGAUAAAGGACACCCUGAAGCCAGAGGUCAUGGAGGAGAUCGUCAUGGAGACCCGGCAGAGACUCCUCGAACAAGAAGGAUGAGGGGCGGACGCUGGCGGAUCUUAACACCACUGCUGUUUAGACCCUUAAAAUAUCAUUCAAACUUUUAUAGACUGAAGCAAACUGAAGAGAUGAGCGCUCGCUGUUGGAAGUUUUGAUUUUGUUAACCGUGGGCCCUCGGGGGGAUUGGGGGGGUCCCGGAGUGGGGGAGCCAUCAAACACUGUCUCAUGUACACAAGAGCCCCAGUGCACUGUGCUGGUACACUGCCUUCAGCAUGGCACCAGUACUGUAGAUGUGACCAAAGCGUGUGUUUUAUAUUGAAUGGAAGAAGUUCUUGUGCAAUGUAUUACAUGUUUCUAUCCAGGCACAGGUUGAACUUCUGCAUUGUCCUGGAGGAUAAAGACUUACUAGUCUUGCAGAAGUUUUGUUUGUGUGUAUUUAGUGGUGUAUAAAACACAGUCCUGCGGUUGGUAGUUCUAGUGCUCUUUCACUUGCUAGAGGGUCGAGACCAGUCACGUUAAUGGAACCAGUGUGAUUUUUAAAGGACAGUAGCCCCCCCCUGCCCAAGAAAGCUAAUGAGCUGUAUGAGUCACCCCCAAUGGAAGAUUAUUCAUUUUGCAGCUGGUUUGUAUUUCGCAAUACAUGUUCAUGUAUUUUUCUUAUUAAAGUGUUUUUUUGUGA